GUUCCUGGCGUGUUCCUGACGUGUUCUUGUCAUGUUGUGUGUUUCAGAGGAGCGACGUCCGUCGUGUUUCGCUGUGAAGAGAAACAGACUCAGAAACCGUUCGCCAUCAAAGUUCUCAAGAAAACGAUCGAUAAGAAAAUCGUUCGCACAGAAAUCGGCGUCCUGCUGCGUCUGUCCCACCCGAACAUUAUCCAGCUGAAGGAGAUCUUUGAGACAGACACUGACAUCGCUUUGGUUCUGGAGCUGGUGACGGGAGGCGAGCUGUUCGACAGGAUCGUGGAGCGUGGUUAUUACAGCGAGAGAGACGCCGCUCAUGUCAUCAAACAGAUCCUGGAGGCCGUGGCGUAUCUUCAUGAGAACGGCGUCGUGCAUCGUGACCUCAAACCAGAGAACCUGCUGUACGCCGACCUGUCGCUAGAUGCUCCGCUGAAGAUCGCUGACUUUGGUCUUUCCAAAAUCAUUGACGAUCAGGUGACCAUGAAGACCGUCUGUGGUACACCUGGGUACUGCGCUCCAGAGAUCCUGCGGGGAUGCCACGGCCCUGAAGUGGACAUGUGGUCGGUGGGCGUCAUCCUCUACAUCCUACUCUGUGGGUUCGAGCCCUUCUUUGACCCGAGGGGGGAUCAGUACAUGUACAGCCGCAUCCUGAACUGUGACUACGAGUUUGUGUCUCCAUGGUGGGACGAGGUUUCCCUCAACGCCAAGGACUUGGUCAGUAAGCUGAUCGUUCUUGACCCUCACAAGCGCCUCAGUGUCCGGGAGGCCCUGCAGCACCCCUGGGUUCUGGGCAAAGCCGCCCGGUUCUCCCAUAUGGACACGACCCAGAGGAAACUACAGGAGUUCAACGCUCGACGCAAACUGAAGGCUGCCAUGAAGGCCGUCGUGGCAACCAGCCGGAUGCACGAGGGCUCGCGGCGUCGUACAGACAGCUGUGAGAUUCCCGGCUCGGGGACGUCCAGGCAGAGCAGCAUGCAGCAGGACCCGCCCCCUGAGUCAACAAGCCCCGCCCCCACAGACAAAGAGGCCCUGCCCCCAGACCAGCAGCCGCCACAGGAGGACGAAUCAAAGCCCACCGACCAAAGUGCUGUCAGCCCCUCCCUUCCACGCAGCCCUAAACCACCCAGCUCUGAUAUCACACCCACAGGCCCCGCCCCCACCAGACCACCGCUGCGGGUUGACGGGCUGCGACAAGCGUCCGUCAUCCCUAAAACCGUGGCUCAGCCCCGACUGCCGCAGAAGAGCUGCUCCGUGGUAGAUCCCGCCUCCAGGGUCAAGGCCACACCCACGCUGGGGACGCCUCCAAGUCCCAGCAGCCUCAGCAACGGCUUCAUGCCGGGGGCGGAGCCAGCCACUAAGACCACUCAUUGCCAGUGAUCACCUGACAAACAGAGUUCAGCCUUCCAGGAACAUUUACAUGAGAGAUGGGACCAAGCUAAUCCAGAACCCAAAGAACCUGUAAACCCAGAAACACCCAGAGCUUCAACAGCACCACGACAUCUUCCACUGCUGCUAAUGCUACGCUACAUGCUAACAGCUACAUACUGACGGUCUGCUGGUGUUUCACUGUCGACACGCGACCACCGAACAAACAAACACAUCGAGACGCCGCCGCCGAGGUUUCAUAUGAACUCAGAGUUCAUCAAGAAAACUUCAGUUUGUCUUUAAGUAUUAAAGUAUUUAGUUACUUCUUCA